CUUCUAGCACAUUCAGAUUGCAGUGAAAGGGGGCAUGUAGACACAGCGGCUUGACUGAGUUAAGCCUUGACCUCUGAGGCAGUUGACUCACUGAGGAAGAGGAGUGCGCAGAGCGGGCCAGCAAACUCAUGAUCAUGACCGGCUAAAGCAAGCCAAAGGGAGGAGUGAGAGAACGCAGAAGAAGAAGAAGGCAGGGAGGGAAGAAAAGGAGUGUGUAGACACACACACAUACACUGCUGCUCAUCCUUAUCUCCACGGCAACUGAAUUCACACACUUGCAGACUUCUGGGAGGGGACCUCAACGUGCAAGCGUUGGAGGAAGAAGAGGAAAGAGGAGAGGAUGGAAAAAGACAAAUGAAAGACUCUCCCUUAUCACCCGCCUGUCAUCUUUUAGUUUCUUUUGGUAAUUCGACAUGCUCGCUUACAUUCUGAGUUGAUGCUCAACUUUUUUAAAUUCCUCUAACUCAAUCUCAGUCAUCAUUUUACCAGAUUAAUCCUUUUUGGCCUCAGAUUAUUUUUUAAGCAAUCCACAGCCCUCACCAAAAACUUUGUCUUCAUGAUUCACUUUGAGAAUCUGAAUGACUGAUUUUGUACCUUUUCUAAGACUUUAAAUCAGUGGUCGUAUCAAGGCUCGAGCAACGCCCACCUUCAUCCCACUCAACCCAAAAGUACGCUCACCCUCUCUCUGCUGCAAGACCCCACUCUAGUCUUCUCAGUGCGACUUCAUCUGUCUACCAUCCCUUCAUCCGAGGCUAUGAGAGGAGGAGUCGAAUCCCAGAUCACUCCAUCAUGCCAGUUCUGAAGAGCAGAGAGGAGAUCCGGGCUGGCAAUGUUCAAGGGACUGCAUUUACACUCUUCCACAAUGCUUGUCAGCCUCUACCCUUCUCCCUCCCGUCUUCAGGACAAGCGCUACGUCUUCCCCACCUCCUCCUCCCCCCACCAUCAUCGUCCUCCCCGCCCCCCCCCUCCUCCAGACCAACCCUCUCACCAUCCUCACUCUCAGCCUUGGCUGACCCGGCCUUUCCUCUCUUGGUCUUUCUCUCUGCUCCUCAUCUCCAUACUCCUCCUACCCGUCUGCGAGUGCCGCAGAGGUGGAGGUCAAGGAACAGGUCCUGGAGGUUCCCCAGGGGGACAAGGUGGCCAGAAGGGAGGUGGCACCCAGAGGGGCGUCGUCAUCCCUCCUCAGUACUCUCCUGGCUUACCAGCUCUUCCUCCAAUCAGUCCCAAACUGAUCAACUCCCUAAGCAUUGCUGUCAUCCUGGUGGGCAACUCUAGUGAAGUAUCAUUAGGGGUCGGACUUGAGAAAGAGGAUUUCCUCCACAUCCCUUACCCCCCAAAAGUCGAGGUGGUCACUAUGAAUGAGACCGACCCCAAGAGUAUCAUCAAUCGGAUCUGCACACAAAUGACCAGGAACUCUUUGCAAGGCGUCGUGUUUGGUGACGACACAGACCAGGAAGCCAUCGCUCAGAUCCUGGACUUCAUCUCUGCACAGACACACAUCCCCAUCCUGGGCAUCAGGGGAGGAUCCUCCAUGGUCAUGGCUGCCAAGGACGACAACUCCAUGUUUUUCCAGUUUGGCCCGUCCAUCGAGCAGCAGGCCUCCGUCAUGUUGAACAUCAUGGAGGAGUACGACUGGUACAUCUUCUCCAUCGUCACCUCAUAUUACCCAGGAUACCAAGGCUUUGUCACCAAGGUCCGCAGCACCAUCGAGAACAGCUUUGUGGGCUGGGAGCUGGAAGAAGUCCUCCAUUUGGACAUGUCAGCGGAUGACGGAGACUCUAAGAUCCAGAACCAGAUGAAAAAACUGCAGAGUCCAGUUAUUCUGCUCUACUGCACAAAGGAGGAGGCCUACACUAUCUUUGAGGUGGCCCAUUCUGUGGGUCUCACAGGUUAUGGCUACACCUGGAUCAUUCCCUCACUGGUGGCUGGAGAUGCAGACCAUGUUCCCUCUGUCUUCCCUACAGGGCUUAUCUCAGUGUCAUAUGACGAAUGGGACUACAACACUGAGGCCAGGGUACGUGAUGCAGUGGCUGUCAUUGCCACAGCAACCUCCACCAUGAUGCUGGACCGGGGGCCACACACACUGCAUAAGUCAAGCUGCAUGGGGACACCGGACAAAAAGAACGCCAACACCGGUCAUUCCAAGGAAAUACUGAAGUAUGUCAUGAAUGUGACAUUUGAAGGCCGAAACCUGUCAUUUAGUGAAGAGGGUCACCAGAUGUUCCCCAAACUAGUUAUUAUUCUUCUGGACAAGGAUCGACAAUGGGACAGGGUUGGCAAGUGGGAGAGAGGCGCUCUGACGAUGAGGUACCAUGUGUGGCCUCGCUUUGAUCUGUACUCGGCAGCGAAGGAGCACGAGGACCACCUGUCCAUCGUGACUCUGGAGGAGGCGCCGUUUGUCAUCGUUGAAGACGUGGACCCGCUCAGUGGGACUUGUAUGAGGAACACUGUGCCAUGCCGCAAACAGCUGAAGCUCACCAAUCAGACAGGUGAUUCAGGUAUUUACAUCAAGCGCUGCUGCAAAGGGUUCUGUAUUGAUAUCUUAAAGAAGAUCGCCAAGAAUGUUAAAUUCUCAUACGACCUGUACCUGGUCACCAACGGCAAACACGGCAAGAAGAUCAACGGGACGUGGAACGGCAUGGUUGGAGAGGUUGUGUUGAAAAAUGCGCACAUGGCAGUGGGUUCACUCACCAUCAAUGAAGAAAGGUCAGAAGUUGUCGACUUCUCUGUGCCCUUCAUUGAGACAGGGAUCAGUGUCAUGGUCUCCCGUAGCAACGGGACUGUCUCCCCCUCCGCCUUUCUUGAGCCCUUCAGCGCCGAUGUUUGGGUGAUGAUGUUUGUGAUGCUGCUGAUUGUGUCGGCUGUAGCUGUGUUUGUGUUUGAGUACUUCAGCCCGGUGGGUUACAAUCGCUGUCUGGCAGAUGGGCGAGAGCCCGGCGGUCCCUCCUUCACCAUCGGUAAGGCCAUCUGGCUGCUUUGGGGUCUGGUUUUCAACAACUCCGUCCCCGUGCAGAAUCCCAAAGGUACCACAAGUAAGAUCAUGGUGUCGGUUUGGGCCUUCUUUGCUGUCAUCUUCCUGGCCUCCUACACUGCCAACCUGGCUGCCUUCAUGAUCCAGGAGGAGUAUGUGGACCAGGUGUCAGGCCUAUCAGACAAAAAGUUCCAGAAGCCUAAUGAGUUCUCGCCGCCGUUUCGGUUCGGCACGGUGCCCAAUGGGAGUACAGAACGCAACAUCCGCAACAACUACAGGGACAUGCACGCUUACAUGACGAGCUUCCACCAGAAGAACGUAGAUGAAGCUCUCUUCAGUCUGAAGAGCGGCAAACUGGAUGCUUUUAUCUAUGACGCUGCGGUGCUAAACUACAUGGCGGGUCGAGAUGAGGGAUGUAAGCUGGUCACCAUUGGGAGCGGUAAGGUGUUUGCCACCACUGGCUACGGCAUCGCCAUCCAGAAAGACACUGGCUGGAAACGAGCCGUGGAUCUGGCCAUCCUCAUGCUGUUUGGAGAUGGUGAGAUGGAGGAGCUGGAGGCCCUGUGGCUCACUGGCAUCUGCCACAACGAAAAGAAUGAGGUGAUGAGCAGUCAGCUGGACGUGGACAACAUGGCUGGGGUCUUCUACAUGCUCGGAGCCGCCAUGAUUCUGUCAUUACUCACCUUCAUCUGUGAACAUUUGUUCUACUGGCAGCUGCGCUUCUGUUUCAUGGGCGUGUGCUCCGGGCAGCCUGGGUUCACCUUCUCCAUCAGCAGAGGUAUCUACAGUUGCAUCCAUGGGGUACAAAUUGAGGAAAACAAGUCAACCAUAGACUCACCCUCGUCCACCAUGAAGAAGAACAUGAACAAUACCCACUCCAACAUCCUGCGGUUACUACGCACUGCCAAGGACAUGACCGCCGUCCCAGGUAUUAACGGUUCUCCCCACGCCGCUCUGGAGUACAGCCACAGCGGGCGUGACCCUGCUAUCUAUGAUAUCCAGGAGCACCGGCGCAGCCUGGUGGGUCACCCAGUAGACUGCAAGCCGGCUCCACCCUACCAGCCAGAGGACAACAUGUUCAGUGACUACAUCAACGAGGUGGAGAGGACUUUUGGCAACAUGCCCCUGAAGGACAACAACCUGUACCAGGACCAUUACCUGCACCACCACCCGGCCUCGGCUCUGGGUAUGUCCGGUCCCCCGCCCAAUAGGCCGCGUAGCUUAGGAAGCGCUAGCUCGUUGGAGGGGGGCAUGUUCGAUUGUGACAGUAUAGGGGGAGGGGUAGCACCCAUCUUCACCACCCAGCCCCGCCCCUCCAUGACUCACAGGAACACCAGUAAAUUUGACUUGAUUGCUGGCCAUGCCCCUGCGGAGUCCAACCAGGGUGGGUUCAAGGGAAGCAACGUGUACGGCAGGUUUUCUUUCAAAGGAGGUGCAUCCAGCACGGGGCUCAUCGGGGGGCAAGACAGGUACUUUGGUGGGGGUGGGGCAGGCUCGGGGGGCGAUGAUGGGAACAUUCGCUCCGAUGUUUCGGAUAUCUCCACACACACUGUCACCUACGGCAACCUGGAGGGCAACAACAAGCGGCGUAAGCAGUACAGGGACAGCCUGAAAAAGAGGCCUGCCUCUGCCAAGGUCAGGCGGGAGCAUGACGAUAUAGAGCUGAGCGGCUUCAGGAGGAGACCCCACCACCACACCGUCCACCACCACUUCCCCCAGGGUUCCCUGGCACACCGCACGGUCUCACCUCCCCUGGAGCGGAAGAGGGGCGGAGGAGGGGGUAAUUCUUCACCUUACUUAUUCCGCAAAGACAAAGAGAACCUGAGGGAUUUCUAUGCGGACCAGUUCCGCUCCAAGGAGGGCAAGGCCAUGUGGGAGCAAGAGGGGGGAAGUGGCGGAAGUGGUGUAGGCGGUGGUAGCGGUGGUGGUAUCUGUAAAAGCUUAGUUCCUGUAGAAGACUUCCUCAAAGGUAAAGGCAUGAAGCAAGAGUGUAAAGGUGGGCUGGGGUCAGUGUCAGCAGGGCAGCAGGCUCACACCUGCUGGGAGAAGGGGGUUCCUGGUAUAGGAGGGGGAGGCAUAGCUGGUGGUGACUGGGAGUGUCGUAACUGCCACAGUGUAUGUCACCACAGUGGGGGAAUAGGGGGAGGAGGCACAUGCUCAGCUAGUGCAGUUGGGGGAACAAGUAGUCGCCCCAGCUCUGCUUCCAGCAAGCGCUGUGACUCGUGUAAGAUCCAACCAAGCAACCUUUACAACAUCAGCGAGGAUAAUAACAUGGUGUUUGCUGCAGCGAAGAGUAGCGUAGGACCAAGCCAACCACAGACUCAGGCACAGCGCAGGAAGCUAGGGCCAGGAGGGAGGGUGUUACGGAGGCAACACUCAUAUGACACAUUUGUUGACCUACAGAGGGAGGGGUCAGGCCGCAUGGGAGGGAUUGGCGGGGGUGCAGGGGGCCAGUUUCCCCAGCCCCGAAGUGUGAGUUUGAAAGACAAAGACCGCUUCAUGGAGGGCCCGAGUCCUUACGCCCACAUGUUUGAGAGAUAUUCAGGGGACAGGGAGUCUCCCAUGUUCGCAGGAAUAGGCGGGGACAGGGCCAAAGGGGGCUCCUCCUUCAGUUUGGGAGGGUUGCAUCAGCGGUCGGUGGGGGAGAGAGACCUUAGGGACAGAGACAGACCUAUGAUGGGAGGUGGGGGCUGUGGUGGUGGUGGCAGCAGAGGGGCCGGGACUUACUCCUUGUCUAAAUCUCUCUACCCAGAUAAGGUGAACCAGAACCCAUUCAUCCCAACCUUCGGCGACGACCAGUGUCUAUUACAUGGCGCCAAACCAUACUACAUCAAAAAGCCACAGACGCAGCAACAGCAGCAGCAGCAGCAACUUCUCAACAACAGCCGAGGAGGAGGGGACUUCCGCGGCUCCAUGGGAGCUGCUUCCUAUUUACCAGCAUCGGCCACUGCUGGGGUGAUGUCUAAUGUGGCCCCCAGGUUCCCCAAAGAGCUGUCUCUGGGCGGGGUGGGGAACCACCAUGGGUCCAACAAGCUACUAUCCGGGGGCAGGGACACAUUAGGUCUGGGGCAGGGACAGAGACCUUUCAAUGGUGCCAGCAAUGGACACGUUUAUGAAAAGCUCUCCAGCAUUGAGUCAGACGUCUAAGGGUGAAGACAAAGGAAGAAAAAGAAAGAGAGAAGAAAGAGUGGGUGAAGAAAAGAGGGUGAUGGAGGGGAAAAAGGAGAAACAUCACAGUCUGAAAUGUUCUCGGUUAAAUAGAACAAGCAGACACAAUACUGUGUGUGUUGUUCUCACUCUACUAAAUGGAACAAAUUUGGACGAUGCACAGAGGCCACUGCAGGCUAAGCUGUGGCGAAGUCCGGCGGGAGACGAGAUUUUAAUGAGAAGAGAGGAUUCUGGUGCUGCUCCGACACUCAGAGAGAAAUGGGGGGUGGGUGGCGGGGUGUAGGGAAAAAUGGUGAAAUAAAAUCUCCUGUCUCUGCUCUCUUCACACACUUGUUGUCUUUCCCCCCCUCCUACAGAUCUUUAACACCAAAACAAACAUUUUGUUCAGCAACGGAAAUACAAUCAUGAUUGAGAAAUCAACACUUCUGUUGAAGUAACAGGGUAAACUAAUAAUAAUUGUAUUGAUAAUGUUAAUAAUAUUAUUAAAUAUUAUUCCAGUGUUUAAUGAUGAUUGGUUGGAUUGUUUUAAAAUUUAAUUCAUUUAAAUAGUUCGUGUUACAUAUUUGUAUGAUGUUAAUUCUUUCUUAGCUUACCCAUAUUACAGGAGACUGCUAGAUCAGUUGUUAGCACAGAUCUUCUUAUUUUUGGGUUCCUGUAAUUUGGACUCUUCUUUGCUAUUAAUUCUUCAUGUUUGAGUUUUUAUACUUUUCUUACAUUUGAUUGCUGUGAAGUGUAUGUGAAAGGCAUGACUUGCUGAGUACAUUCUGUGUACAAAGAAAUUUGCAACGUUGGUUUUUUUUCAGCUGCAAAGAGCAACAUCAUCAUACUGAUUUGCCGUUUCCUCUUGCUUUUUUUGCUCGACUGUACCAAAUGGUUCUCACAUUUAGAGCUGGAUGUGCCUUAAAGGAUAAAUACUGAUUUUUUAAACGCGGUCUGCUCUGUGAGUAAACAGAUCAACCUGCAAACAAUUAGACCAGUGAUAAAAGAGUAAGAGUACACCUGAAAAAGUCUCAUUUAAGGGUUAAGUUUUAGUAGCAUUUCAGAGGUUUGGGUUUUUCAAACAAUGUUAUACCUUAAAGCAAAACAUAGAAAUUGCUGCAGCAGAGAAAGCUGAAUCUCUUGAACAGUCUCCCUUAAAGAAAAAAGAAAAAAACAGCAGGACAACAAGGGUUAAAACCACAGUGCCAUGAUUGAAGGUAUUAUCCCGGUCAUCAGGUAUGACAGAGCUGCGAUGCAGUAAAAGGAAUCCAGUUCAAAAAUAACAAUAAGAAGCUUGUCAUUGUGCUAAUAACUCCUCAAUUAAAUAAGCGUCAUUUCUCUUCACCUCCUUAAACCCCUCCAUUUAUUUUUGCCUGACAUUUAACCCAGGAACCAACUAUCCAUUAAAUAAAUCCCAUUUAAUGUCUGCUUGUUGCUCCCACUGCUUUUCAUUGGGCCUAAGUCAAUUGGCCGUGACAGUUUGUGAGUUCAGGACAGAGACAUAAUGAACUCUCAGACUAAGGCCUCUUACUGAAAUGAGCAGCCUGGCAUGUUAAUUAUUUCAUGAUUACAGCCAUAAGCCCUGUCUGCUGUAUUAGAUGGUCACAUUUAAUGAUGGCCAAAGUCCAAGUGUUGGAAAUUUUCACUCUGAGAGUGAAAAGGACCACAGCAUGCGGUUCAAACCACACAAGUAAAACAUUCCGAAUAAUGUCAGGAAUUAGGCUUACUAGCAGACAUUAUUAUGCUAACUCUGUCUUGGCAUCAUCCAAAAUGUUUGUACACAGCUGCCCUAUGAUUUAAGAGAAACAGACUGAUAGUUUUGGAGAUAUGCUAAUCUGCUUUCUUCUCAAGGUUUAUGUGAUAUGGCUGAUUCAACUAUGGCUGAGAAAACACUUAACAUGGACCUGGAGCUAGCAGUCAGGUAGCCUAGCUUGGGAUAGAAACUAAUCAAGGCUAAACAGUAAGCAUACAUUGUUUGAACAGGAACAAAUGUUGUUUUAUUAACAUGCUAAAUCUUUUAUGUGAACGUGUGGCAUUUUGUCAAGUUGACAUCGCUAAUUUGAAAAAAAUAAACCAUCAGAUCACACAUAAUGUUCCAGAAAAGGUACAGGGUGUUAGCUCACAAGCUUUGGAGAUGCUGGUGGGCAGUUUUUGAUAUCUUUGGACAGAGCCAGGCUCAUUUUACCCCUGGUUUUCCAGUCUUCAAGAUAGUGUGCACUUAUAUGCUAGCACUGGCUUAUUGUUUUGAGUGCAUUACUGAUCCUCUCAUCUAACUCUACAAGAUUUUUUUAGGGGGAAGGGUUUUCAUAACAUCAACCAAUUCCAACAACACUUGUAGUUUAAACCAACUCUUUUUACCAAACAGACCAUAAGACAUCAUGUUAGUAUGCACUGUAGCAUUGAAUUCUUCCUCCACAACAUUGCUUUUAUAAGGUAAGAUUUGGAUGAAGAAAAGUCCCUUCAAUCAAUCAAGGUGCUGUGUGGAUUAUGUCCUCUGUCGACACCUAGAGAAACAAAGAAUAAGGUGGAGGGGGUGUGCUGUCCUUAAUGCAUGUGGCACAUUUAAGAGCUAGCUUUGCUUCAGAGUCACAGGACGUCACUGCAAAACACAUUAUAAAGACUAAUACAUAAGUGGUAUUUUGUCAAGUUGACAGCUCUCUCUAGAGUUACAGCAUCUUUAGCAUUUGAGAUGACUCCUUUUCUUGGUUAUUGAUAGUUUUUGUUCCUUCACUUGACCUUUAAUUGUUUUACCAAACCAAAUUUAAAAACCUAAGCACAAUCUGACUGAAUGGGUUCAGUAUUUAGUUUGUUGUACAGCCCAGUCAAAGCUUUACACGACUUUCCUUCUCUUGGUUGACAAGUCAGUAUGUAUGAUACUAGGAGGUCUCUGGUGUUUGGGAGGACUUGCAUGUAUACACUUUUUCUUUAUUUCUGUUUUUGAUAUUAACUUUUAGCCCAGAAAAAAAUGGGUGUUUUAGAACAAUACUUGGAAUUUUAACAUUUUCACUGGUACUGAUGAUCCAUGUAGUACUGUGGACCUGUGGACGUGUGUAUGUGUGCGUGUGAGUGUGUGCUUGUUUGUGCAAGAGAAGACACCAAUCUUACAGUCCAAAUUUUGGUUUACAAAAUCUGUCUGAAUUUGACUGAAAAGUUCGCCAGGAUAGGGGACAGCUUUUAUCAUAAUGUUAUACAAAGACUAAUUUACUUGAUAGUUUUUGUAAAUUAUUUGUAACAAGGUCUUGGUAAUUACAUUCACUGUCACUGAAGACGCCUUCUUCCGUUGAACUAUUUUCCUCGUUUUUUUCCCCUUGGAUAACUUAGUACGUUUCUUUAUUUCUGUCCUUGUAUGUGCCUGAUUACAUACGCUUGAUUACCUCUGUGUGUGCUCAUAUGGAAGUGAGGCAGAGUGUGUGUGAGAGAUUACUGUUUAUUGUACGUGUACUAUAAAACUGUAUGUAAAUACUUUACCUCACACUCAUGGACUUUUGAUAAAAACUGUAAAAAAACAAAAAAACAAACAAACAGAGAAUAGAUCUAUUUGGAAUAAAUCUGAUUCAUAGAGGUCCCCUUGCAGAGUUGCUUUUAUAAAGACUUCAGGCCAGGAUGUGUGCAAUCGUUUAUUAUUACUGAGCAAAUGUGCACAUAUGAGAAGUCGAGGUUUGUUUGAUUUGUUUAUUUGUUUGGAUCUGGUCAAAGACCAGCAGAGUAGGUUGAUUUCUCAAAGGAAAACUGUAAAGCACCAUCAUUCAUCGAUGAUACACAGAAAGCACAAUAGAUAAACUAUCUGCGUUUUUACAAGCAAGUCUCAUUUCUUUUGUUCCUCUUUGGUUUAUCUUCUGAUUUGUGUUUUUGCCACAGAGGAUCGAACAACUCUGCCCCCGAGCUGUACAGAUUGUGAAAAAUGUACAUAUGACAUAAAAAUCCAGUUCACCCUCACAUUUUUUGUAUGGAGAGAAAUUACUUGUGUGAAGAGAGUAUUUCAAAUUUGAUUGAAUAUUUAGUAAUUUUGAAAAUGAGAUUAAACACAGUCAAUGUGAAUAUAAGUGCUGAGAAAUAUUAUUCUUCUGUCUCUUUGGAAUAAAAGUGUUGAGUAUUAAUAAAAAAUGAGACAUCUC